GAUAAUGAAUUACUAUUAUUUAAUCAUGAUGAUUUGUUUUUUAUUCAAUAGUAUAGGAGCAACUAAAAUGCGAUGUUUGAUGAAACGUUAUGACAGGAUCACACAAGGAUGUUGUCAAGGAAACGUAUACAACAGAUCUGUUAGCGGUUGCUGUAAUAACAAGUUAUAUGACAUAUCACAUCAAGGUUGCUGCCAGGAUAUUAACAUUUACAAGGUACCAUUCCAGGGAUGCUGUGGGGAUAUCGUAUACAACAAACAUCAUGAUGCCAUACGAUAUGAAUGUUGUAAUGGUCAAGUAUUUAAUACUGCUCUAGGAAGAUGUUUUGACGAUACCAUCAAAAACAAAACCAUUGUUAAACAUACAGUAGAAUCAAGCAAUAGUGCAGUUAUUUCCAGGGAGGAUAUUUCACAAAGCAUCUUGGUCUGCUUCCUAGUUUUGACAUGUUUGGUAGUCAGCUAUCCCCGACCUUCUCACUAACUGUGGUUGUAAAAUAACUUUGUCUCGCUCACAUAUGAUAGAAGUAACAAGAAUCAGUGUUACGCUAGUAUAUUUGGAUAUAAGUUUACGAA